AUGUCUGAACAGCGGUCCAGCGAAACCCGCAUCAGGUCUCACAAGAGGAAUCCUGCGCACCGCAGACGCCGCGACCAUGGCGACUUUGACGAACGAUGGGGCGAUGAAGAGGUUGUCGAGGACGAAGAACAAGGCGCAGAAGAUUUUGUGGAACCCUCGUCAAAAAGGGUAAAACUUUCUGAUGGCUCGGCAUCACGUCGAUUGAGGAAUCAUACGCCUCCGGAAAUGGACGAAGAGAACGCGCAGAGGGAAAGAGACAAAGAUGCGAGAGAGCGAGAUGAAUUUGCGCAGCGGUUGGCAAAACGGGAUGAAGAGCGGGCAAAGAAGAUUGUGGAAGACAGGUCCGCCGCCAAAGACAGUGCAACUGCCCACCGAAGAGCGUUGGCCAACGACGCAGCGGCAAGGGAGGCAGCAAUGCCAGAUCUCCGAAUGCGCUCCAGGCAGGACUAUCUAAAGAAGAGAGAGGCAGAAAAACUGGCUCUGUUGCGCAAGCAAGUCGCCGAGGAACAAGCGGAACUCCGAGAUAACCCAGAUUUGUCAAGGCGAGAGAAGGAGGAAUUUGCGCGCAACAAGGAAAUUCUUCGCCUCGCUGAAGAGAGGCUGGCAAUUGACGAUCACCUCGACGGCUAUGCUCUUCCUGAGGACUACAUAACAGAAAAGGGCAAAAUUGACAAACGCAAAAAGGAACAAGCUUUGUACCAACGUUAUAUCGAUCGAGAUGAGGCCGGCAGAGAACGGUAUGUUACGGAGCAUGAAGAGUGGGAGAAAGAGCAGACCAGGAGGGCUGAAGCGCAGAUCAAAAGAGCCGAGUAUGUCGAUGAGGGCGACUACAAUUACGUCUUUGAUGAGAGCCAGCAAAUGAAGUUCAUAUUAUCAGACACUCUAGAAGGAGACAAAGGCAUGAGCAGGGAGCAGAGGGAGAUGCAGCAGAGGCUAAGCGCCGCAGAAGCAAAGGCCAAGAGCAUCGAAGAGACGAGAAAGAGCUUGCCCAUUUAUCAAUUCAGGGAUCAGAUCAUCCAGGCAGUCAAAGAUCAUCAAGUCCUCAUCAUUGUGGGUGAAACGGGAAGCGGAAAGACGACGCAGCUCCCGCAGUACCUCCAUGAAGCCGGCUUCACAAAAGGUGGCAUGAAGAUCGGGUGCACACAACCCCGCAGAGUAGCUGCUAUGUCAGUCGCCGCAAGAGUAGCGGAGGAAAUGGGUAAGCGUCUAGGAAACGAAGUCGGCUACGCUAUUCGAUUCGAGGACAACACCAGCGAGAAAACUGUUCUGAAGUAUAUGACGGACGGUAUGCUGCUGAGGGAACUUCUCACGGACCCUGAGUUGUCUCAGUAUUCGGCACUUAUGAUUGAUGAGGCGCACGAACGAACUGUGAGUACGGAUAUUGCAUGCGGGCUGCUGAAGGAUAUUGCUCGAGCGAGACCCGAUCUGAAACUCCUGAUAUCCUCCGCCACUAUGGAUGCGAGGAAGUUUCAGAAAUACUUCGACGAUGCACCGAUCUUCAACAUCCCUGGGAGGAGAUACGCGGUGGACGUACAUUAUACCGCACAACCAGAAGCCAACUAUCUGGCCGCAGCCAUUACCACCGUUUUCCAAAUUCACAUUACCCAAGGGGCUGGAGAUAUACUUGUGUUUCUAACCGGGCAGGAGGAAAUUGAAGCAAUGGAGGCGAGUCUACAAGAGACCGCUCGGAAGCUUGGGAGCAAAAUCAAGGAGAUGGUCAUCUGCCCCAUCUACGCCAACUUGCCAACAGAUCUACAAGCCAAGAUUUUUGAACCCACACCCCCAGGAGCAAGGAAGGUAGUCCUAGCCACCAAUAUUGCGGAAACAUCAUUGACUAUCGAUGGCAUCGUCUAUGUCAUCGAUCCAGGCUUCGUCAAAGAGAAUCAGUACAAUCCUCGGACUGGCAUGGAAUCUUUGGUCGUUGUCCCCUGUAGUCGGGCUUCAGCUGGUCAACGUGCUGGCCGUGCUGGUCGAGUUGGUCCGGGUAAAUGUUUUCGACUUUACACUGCUCAAGCUUAUAAGAAUGAACUCGACGAAAACACAACUCCGGAAAUACAGAGGACAAACCUUUCGGGCGUCAUUCUCCUGUUGAAAAGUCUUGGGAUCAACGACCUCCUCGACUUCGACUUCAUGGAUCCGCCUUCAACUGACACCAUUGUCCGUGCUGUAGAGCAACUGUACGCUCUCGGCGCUCUAAACAAUGCGGGCGAGCUGACUAAGAUCGGUCGUCAAAUGGCGGAGUUCCCUACGGACCCCAUGCUCGCACGAGCAAUCCUCGCAGCAGACAAAUAUGGAUGCGUAGAGGAAGUCCUCUCCAUCAUCGCAAUGCUAGGGGAAGCAUCAGCACUCUUCUUCCGACCCAAAGACAAGAAAAUUCACGCCGAUAGUGCCCGCGCCAGAUUCACCAACAAGGACGGUGGUGACCACCUUUCAUUACUUAACAUCUUCAAUGAAUGGGUUGAUUCCGACUACAGCUAUGUCUGGGCCAAGGAAAACUUUUUGCAGCAGCGAAGCUUGACCCGAGCGCGUGAUGUUCGAGAUCAACUUGCUAGGCUAUGCGACCGGGUCGAGGUUGACGCCAGCAAGACCUCUGGCGGCGCAUCAAACAUUGAACCGAUCCAGAAAGCCAUCACUGCGGGCUUCUUCCCUCACUCAGCUCGACUCCAGCGGGACGGCCAGAGUUACCGGACGGUCAAGAACGGGCAAGUCGUCUAUAUCCAUCCCUCAAGCGUCCUAAUAGAGAGUCGGCCAAAGUGGGUGAUCUAUCAUGAACUAGUGUUGACAAGCAAAGAGUACAUGCGCAGUUGCAUGCCCUUGAAGCCGGAAUGGUUGAUUGAAGUGGCGCCACAUUAUUACAAGAAGCAGGAUUUGGAAAGCCUGGGCGUGGAGAGAAAAGUGCCCAGAGGCGAAGGGAAGGCUCAAAGUAAGAUAUGA